AUGCCAUCUAUGGUCGUGAUCCCGGCCAACGGACACGAGAGGCGCCGUGUCCUAGUAGACCGCGACGAGCAGUACCUAGUACAAUGGACAUCGGAAACGACGACCACGAAACCUCCGCUCAGCUGGCACUCAGUUAAGGACUUAGUGCGAUGCUUAGAGCAGAUUCAGGACUACCUUGAAGUGAGGGAGAAGUAA